AUGUCGGUGCAGCUACAGGACAAGGAGGGUCAGUCCUUGAGCUCAGCGGCGUUGUCGCCACGGCUGGCCACCGGCACGGUGGUGCGUGAGGUGCAGGUGGCUGGGGACCGUUUGCAGUUCACGCUCGUGGAGGGGGACGGCCCUGCGGAAGGAUGGGCGAGCCUCCACCUCAAAGGCAAGCCACUGUUCGAGAAGUGCCAAGGAGAACCAAGCGAGAGCUUGGCUGCAGUGCGCCGUGGGGCUGAAGCGCUGACGGCCCCCGAGGAUUGGCCCAACUUGGGCUGCAGUCGCCUGCUGGCUUGGAGCGAUCUCCACGUGGAUAUGGGUGAGAACCAGAGGUUCUUGGAAGGAGUGGGGGGAGAUGGCGAGGCGGCGGUCAUCUUGUGCGGGGACCUCUGCACGAAUCUCGAGUUGCUGAGAUCCACCCUGGAGCUCUGUGUUUCGCGCUUCCGCGCGGUCUUCUAUGUCCCCGGCAACCACGAGCUGUGGGUGGCUCGCGAUGCCCGCGACCCCUCGCAGCAGGCCACAUCCUUCACCAAGUUCCUGGACAUUCUUCGUCUGUGCGCAGAGUGUGGGGUCCACACCAAGCCUGCUUUCAUCGCGCCGGGGGUGGCGGUGUGCCCGCUCUUCUCUUGGUAUCAAGGUGACUUCUCAGGCGUGAUGGUUCCGCAUGGAGGCUUUGAUUCGGCAACGUUUUGGCCGGAGCUCGCGGACGACCCGCACAAUCCGCAAGACCCGCAAAUUGCAACCUUCUUCCGCGGUUUGAACGAUGCCCGUGUGGCACAAGCGGCAAACUUGCGCAAGAAAGGAGAGCUUACAAGUCUCUGGACGUUCUCGCACUUCCUGCCGCGAAAGGAGCUCAACAUGUCUGGUGAGCACGCGGUGAUGCCGCCAGGGGUCGCUGGGGACCCCGCCCUGGACCUGCAGCUGCGCGCCGCCGGGGCUGUAGGUCAUGUCUACGGUCACUCGCACAUCGGCCAGGACCGCGUGUAUGAAGGCGUGCGGUAUGUCCAGCAGCCGCUGGGCUAUCCGACCGAUGGACACCGCGAGGAGAGGCCGCUGCAGCUCUUCGAUGCAGCCCAGGUCGCGCUGGGGCCCGCAGCCGCGCCUAGCACCGGCGUGGACAGGGCCCAGCUCUCCGCCGAGCGGGUUCGUGGCGCGCUCUUCGGGGCGCUCUGCGGCGAUGCGUUGGCGAUGCCCGUGUGCUGGUACUACGGGGGGCAGAGGCAGAUCAAGCGGGACUAUGGCGGCCCGCUGACAGGGUAUGUCAAGCCCAAGGAGCAGCUGAUCGGGAGCUUCAUGAUGAACGAGGCCUUGCCAAAAGCGAUCGAUCAUGGUCGCUCGCGCUAUUACCGGCCCGUCAAUGAGCAAUCACCUUCUAUCGGCUACCACUACCACCGUGGCUUGCCAGCUGGGGGCCUUACUCUCGAAGGUCAGAUGAUUCGCCUCCUCAUGCGUGCCGUCGCAGAGAACAAGGGCGCCCUGCCCAGUCCCGAUGACCUCCGCGCCAGAUACGUGGCCUUCAUGAAGGACGGGAGCCACGGAGACACCUGGGUGUCCAAGUACCACCGCGAGUUCUUCGCGCAGCUGGAGAAGGGAACUCCGGCGCCGGAAUGUGCUGCGAGAGGUGAUCCAGUGGAAACCAUGGAAAUGCUGAGCAUCCAGAUGCCCAUCUUCCUCGCCUGCCUGGGGGGAUCGGAGGAGGAGGACUGCCAGCGCAUCCUGGCUUCGAUCGCCUCUCUCCGAAACCCAGGUAAUGUCGCGCAGACAGCCGUGAGACUUCUUAGAGGCGCCUUCUGCCAAAUCUUUAACGGCCAGACUCUCGAAGAGGUGGCUGAGCGGAUGGCCGUGACGCUGCUGCCGGGGCAGGCGGGACUGGAGUCGCUCCUGCAGGGGCGCAAGGACCCAAUGGCUUCGACAAGCAUCGAGGAGUGCUUCCCAUCCAUGAUGCACUACCUCUUCCGGUAUGGCAGAUCCUUCGAGGAGCUCCUCCUUGCGCAAUCCAACGUCGGGGGCGAAACGGUGCACCGAGGCGCCAUCCUGGGCGCCUUGGCGGGUGCCACAGCGGGCCGCAGCUCUCUUCCCGAUGCCUGGUGCAAGGGGUUGGCCGACUUUGUCGCCAUUGAUGCGGAGGUGGAGUCGUUCGUGCAAGCCGUUUGCGACGCAGCCGGCUCACCCGUAGGGACAUGA